AUGGCGUCGACAGACAAUGCUUCUGGUAGGAGUCUGGCGGGUGUCAAAGUGCUGCUUAUCGACCUGUCCGGGACGUUACAUGUCGGCGACCAGCCAACGCCAGGAGCGGUGGUUGCCCUCCAAAGGCUACGUCAAGCAAAGAUACCCUUCCGACUAUGCUCAAACACUACGAAAGAGUCACCGGCCGACUUGCUCGACCGACUGAGGAGGAUCGGGUUUGUUGUUGAGGCGAGGGAGGUGAGCACGAGCUUGAUGGCUGCUCGACAGCUAGUGCAAGAUAGAGGGUACCGGAACCCCCUGCUGCUCCUGUCCGAGUCGGCUAAGAAGAGUUUCCCUCUACCAGAGGAAGGAGAGCACGACUGUGUCGUCGUCGGUCUUGCGCCCUCCAAACUGUCCUACCCUCGGCUAAACGAAGCCUUCCGGAUCCUCAAGCUUGAACGAUCGAGUACCGCUCUCCCCCUACCGGCGGGACAUAAGUCUCCAGCACUUAUAGCCACACAUCGGGCACGAUAUUACCACGAUACGGAUGGUGCUCUCUCUUUGGGCCCAGGACCUUUCAUUACCGCGUUAGAAGAGGCAGCAGAGGUGAAGGCAGAGAUCGUGGGCAAGCCCGGGAGGAUGUUCUAUCAGCUUAGUUUGGAAGGCAUACCUGGAGAAGGAGGAUGGAAGGGGGAGCAAGUCGCUAUGGUCGGAGAUGAUAUUAGAGCGGAUCUGGGAGAAGGAGCGGUGGAAUCCGGGUUUGUGCGUGUUCUUGUUAAGACAGGCAAAUAUAGAGCCGGAGAUGAGCAUAAAGGCGACCACCCGCCAGAUCUCGUCGUGGAAAGCUUUGCAGCAUUCGUGGAUAUGCUGCUUCAGUCAAAAGAGUGA